GUGACUGUCGGGCCGGCCCCGGUUCGGAGACGGCGGAGUGUGCCCGGGUGGCGGCGGCGGCAGUGGCGCCGCAGCGGCAACGGCCCCGCUAUGUGGCUGGGCCCGGAGGAGGUGCUGCUGGCCAACGCGCUGUGGGUGACGGAGCGGGCCAACCCCUUCUUCCUCCUGCAGCGGCGGCGGGGCCACGGCAAGGGGGGCGGCCUGACGGGCUUUCAAAUCAGCAGGCUCUUCUUGACUUGGGAUCCCGCCCCGCCCCAACCACCAACACAGGGCUGCUUGUGGGAACCUUGGAUGUGGUUUUGGACUCAAGCGCUAGGGUUGCUCCUUACAGAAUUUUACAUCAGACACAGGAUUCUCAAAUCUAUUGGGCAGUGGCAUGUGGUUCAUCGCGUAAGGAAAUAACAAAACACUGGGAAUGGCUAGAAAAUAACCUGCUUCAGACACUUUCUAUCUUUGACAAUGAAGAAGAUAUCACUACCUUUGUCAAGGGCAAGAUACAUGGCAUUAUUGCUGAAGAAAAUAAGAAUCAGCAGCCUCAGGGGGAAGAAGAUCCUGGUAAAUUUAAAGAAGCUGAACUGAAGAUGCGUAAACAGUUCGGAAUGCCUGAAGUAGAGAAACUAGUGAAUUACUAUUCCUGCAGCUAUUGGAAAGGGCGUGUCCCUAGGCAAGGCUGGCUGUAUCUGACUGUUAAUCACCUUUGUUUCUAUUCUUUCCUUUUAGGCAAAGAAGUCACCUUAAUAGUCCAGUGGGUAGAUGUAACCCAGCUGGAGAAGAAUGCCACCCUUCUAUUCCCUGAAUGCAUCAAAGUGAGUACCAGGGACAGUGAGCUCUACUUCUCUAUGUUCCUCAACAUCAACGAGACCUUCAAGUUAAUGGAACAGCUGGCUAACAUUGCCAUGCGGCAACUAUUUGAUAAUAAAGGGUAUGUGGAGGACAUGUUGCUUCCUAAGCCCAGCAAGCCUCUCAAAAAUAUUUCAGCACUCAAAAGAGAUUUGGAUGCUCGAGCCAAAAAUGAAUGGUACCGUGCUUCAUUUCGACUUCCUAAGGAUGAACGUCUUGAUGGGCAUACAGAUUGUACUUUGUGGACCCCAUUCAACAAAAUUCACAUUCCUGGACAGAUGUUUGUUUCCAACAACUAUAUUUGUUUUGCUAGCAAGGCAGAGGAGGCUUGCCAUCUCAUAAUACCACUCAGGGAGGUCACAAUUGUUGAAAAAGCUGACAGUUCCAGUGUAUUGCCUAGCCCACUGUCCAUCAGCACCAAAAGCAAAAUGACCUUCCUUUUUGCUAACCUGAAAGACCGUGAUUUCCUGGUGCAGAGAAUCUCUGACUUCCUGCAGAAAACUCCGUCCAAGCAAUCCUGUAACAAUGGAGGAGGACGGAAGAAGAGCUGUGGUGACAAUGCACACGAGGAAAUUUCAGAACUGUCUCCCAGCAGCCCACUUGCAGCCAGCCCUGUCUCACCUCUCAACAAUCAGCUGGCCAAUUUUUGCACAGAUGAAGUACCAACAGCAUCCCAGGGACUGCUUAAACUGUUUGGGAGCAACACUGAGGAGCUCAUUGGACCAAAAGGGGCAAAGGAGACAAUGAAAGAGGAGUCAUGGAACAUUCAUUUUUUUGAGUAUGGGAGAGGAAUGUGUAUGUAUCGCACAGCCAAGACCCGUGAACUGGUGCUAAAAGGGAUUCCAGAGAAUCUUCGUGGAGAGCUGUGGCUCCUAUUUUCAGGAGCCUGGAACGAGAUGGCUACUCACCCUGGGUAUUAUGCAGACAUGGUGGAACAGUCACUGGGAAAGUAUAGCCUUGCUACAGAGGAAAUAGAACGAGACUUACAUCGAUCAAUGCCAGAGCACCCUGCCUUCCAGAAUGAGCUGGGGAUUGCUGCACUUCGAAGAGUACUGACAGCAUAUGCUUUUCGGAAUCCCACAAUUGGCUACUGCCAGGCCAUGAACAUUGUGACAUCAGUACUGCUUCUGUACUGUAAUGAAGAAGAAGCUUUCUGGCUCCUUGUGGCCCUGUGUGAGAGGAUGCUGCCAGAUUAUUAUAACACCAGAGUGGUUGGUGCCUUGGUAGACCAGGGCAUCUUUGAGGAGCUCACACGGGACUGUCUUCCCCAGCUGUCUGAGAAGAUGCAAGACCUAGGAGUCAUUUCCAGCAUAUCGCUUUCUUGGUUCCUCACACUCUUUCUCAGCGUCAUGCCUUUUGAAAGUGCUGUGGUCAUUGUUGACUGUUUCUUCUACGAAGGCAUCAAGGUCAUCUUGCAGGUAUCUCUGGCCAUCCUGGAUGCCAACAUGGAGAAGCUGCUUAACUGCUGUGAUGAAGGCGAGGCCAUGACUGUCUUGGGCAGGUACCUGGACAACGUAGUUAAUCGACAAAAUGUUUUCCCACGUAUUCCCCACCUCCAUGCCUUAUUGACAAGUGGGGAUGAUCCACCAGUUGAAAUUGAUAUCUUUGAACUUAUAAAAACAGCCUAUGAGAAAUUCGGCCAUUUGAAAGCAGAUGACAUUGAGCAGAUGCGCUUUAAGCAGAGAUUGAAAGUGAUCCAUUCUUUAGAGGACACAGCUAAGAGAAGUGUGGUCCGAGCUAUAUCUGGUGACAUUGGUUUUUCUAUGCAAGAAUUAGAAGACCUCUAUGUAGUAUUUAAGGCAAAACACCUAAUGAGCUGUUAUUGGGGAAAUCACACUGUAUCUGCCCAGCGAGACCAGAGCCUGCCCUACUUAGAGCAGUACCGCAUUAACAUGGAGCAGUUCAAGGAGUUGUUUGCAUCUCUUACUCCUUGGUCUUGUGGCCUCCACACACCAGUGCUAGCAGAAAGAAUGUUCCGACUGUUGGAUGAGAACAAAGAUGCACUAAUUAACUUCAAGGAGUUUGCAACAGGGAUGAGUGGAAUGUAUCAUGGUGAUCUGACUGAGAAGCUAAAACUUCUUUACAAACUACACCUACCUCCAGCUCUGAGCCCAGAGGAAGCAGAGUCUGCUCUGGAGGCCGCGCGUUACUUCACAGAAGAUAAUGCUACAGAAGCAUCUCCCUUUGUCUCAGAACUGGAUCUCUUCCUGCAUUGUGAUUCUCAAGAAGCAGCUAUGCAGGAAGAGAAAGCACCAAGAGAUGGGAACCCCAAAGACCAAGAGGAAAAGGGCACCAGUCCCCAAGAUUACAGAUACCACCUGCGAAUUUGGGCCAAGGAAAAAGAUUCCAAAAAAGAAACUAUCAAAGAUCUUCCUAAAAUGAGUCAGGAGCAAUUUAUAGAGCUCUGCAAGACACUUUACAAUAUGUUCAGUGAAGACCCCGUGGAGCAAGAGCUGUACCAUGCCAUUGCCACUGUUGCCAGCCUUCUCCUGCGCAUUGGGGAGGUAGGCAAAAAGUUCUCCCACCAGCCUGCUAAGAAAGGUGAUGACUUAAAAGCAAACAGCGUUCAGGACCCAGUAAGUGAAGAAGAGUCUCCAACAUCUGACCAGAGUCAGAAUUCAACUGUGGAGCAGUAUUCCCAAGCUACUCCAGAAGAAAAGGCUUCUGGAGACAUUCAGGUUGAGAAACAGCAACAGGAAAACCAGAUUUUGGUAGAUGGAGGUGGUGAGGGUCCAGGAUCUCCAAUACAGCUGUUUUCAGAUGAUGAAACUAAAGACGAUAUGUCCAUGUCUUCAUACUCCAUGGUCAGCACAGGCUCUCUGCAGUGCGAAGAUAUUGCAGACGAUACAGUGCUGGUCGGUUGUGAGGCUGGCAGUUCAGCUGCGCGAUAUGGCAGUACCAUUGACACAGACUGGUCCAUUUCCUUUGAACAGAUCUUGGCCUCCAUGCUUACAGAGACAGUACUGGUAAACUACUUUGAGAAGAAAGUUGACGUUGCACAGAAGAUCAAGGAACAAAAGAAAGUGGAGAGGCAGUUCAGUGCAUCCAGUGAUUAUGAACUUACCUCAGUAUCAGGCUGAACUCAAGAGAGAGGUGUAAAUAAUAGAGGCAGGAGAACUAGAAACCUGGCAGAUAGCUGGACACUUGUUUUUUGUUUUUUACCAACACCUACAACUACCCAACAAUUAAAGUCACUUCAGCUGAGUAAGGGACUUAUCACAAUGACUCUUUGGUAUAGAUACCUCCCUGGAGGACACCUUGCUUGCUGUGCUUACAUUACAUUCUCAAAAGCAUGAAAGCCAUUAGAACCUAAUAGCCUCUGUGGCCUAGAAUUACUAUGGUAAAUUAUGCAUGUGUGCCUCUGCCUAUCUUUCUUUAAUGAAGCUUGAUUUCAGUCACACUAUUGCUUUAGGUUCCUUGGUAGUUGCUCACAAGAAAUGCAGCCUAGCUUGAAUUCCUUCCUCUGUAUCUUUGGCUGCCUCCCUGUGACCUUAACGCCAUGUAUCAAAAUGCUGUAGAGAUCCCCAGCCUGCCUGAGAGAGCCUUGUUAGGAACCUAGAAGCUACGCAGUAACUAGUCAGAAGUAAAGGAUGUUAUGCUCUGUUACGCCUGGCAUCCUGCCGCUAGAAUGUACCAGUGUCUUGGGACAACUGGUUUCUAUCCCAGAUGAUAUACCAUCACAGUAGCAUGUGGUUUUCAACACUGCCCAAGAAAGAUGCAUCCUAGUAUGUUAUAGCCCAGUUUUAACUCUUCAGUGCCAUGUAAUUUUUUUGUUUUUUGUUGUUUUAAUUUCCCUGAAAGGGGGGGGGAGCAGUACUGAGAAUUGCAAAAGCUAUGGAGACUGGAGAGGGCAAAGUGAAUGCAAAAAUCCUGAGAAUUACAAGACACUGAUAAGAACGGAAUUCUUGGUGCUUUUGGGCAUUAGAGUGUUUACUUCAUAAUUUUUGAUGGUACAAGGGCUCAGAAAUGUGGGGUUUAAAGAAGUUAAUAAUAACGUGGAAGAUCUAAGCCCCUACACCAGUAAGCUAGUUAUCAUAAAUGACUUGCAUCACUGUACAGGCUGCUUAUCUGAUCUGUUUCUCACCAUGGUGGAAAGUGGAUCUAUUGCUUUUGUGUGUAUGCUGGGCUCAAGUAAUGCAAGUGUGUACACAGUUUAGGACUAAGCAGAAAGCAGAGAUUAGUCCAGUUUAUCUGAACCAACUAACCUACUGGCUACAUGCUGGUCCAGAAGUUCCACACCAUAGGAAUCCUGCUGGUUGUACCCUCCAAACAGUGUCUGUUACCUACUUUAUAAUGUUGUGUGGUGUUUAGACAACCUUCUUUUCCAGCGGCAUAAAGUGCAGUUAUGAGAUCUGUGCUCUGAGAAUCAGUUGUAGGCCUGAGGAAAACUGGAGCUCCAUUUUGGGAUUGAUAACUUCCCUAUGGGAAGGCAUUCACUCUAAAGAAGCACUAUUAUAUUUGUUUAUAUUUGUAUACCUGCUCAUCUCAUUGCAUAAUUAUUUUACUCAAUCAUAUGAGCACCAUUGAAACAGUGUGAAUGCUAGUGUGUGGUUGCUGUUGGACCAGUGAUGAAUAUGGAACAUACUGGCAGUUCAGAAAGAGCAAGAGUGAACUUGGAAUAUACAAGGAACACACCACAUGGUGCAAUACCCAGUGUUACUACAGUUUUGUGGCGUACUCUGUAUGUAUUCACAACCAGUAUUUGUUUUAAGACUGUCUUCUUAGCCAUGCACCUGGAGAGCUUUUACUAAUUCAGUAAUUUAUUGUAAUUUUUUUAAAAAAACAAAUUAAUGUGAUUUUACAUUGGUUUUUGUCUGAUCAAUCAUGUAUUCAAUAAAUGAACAGAAUCACA